GCUGGCGCCAGCGCCGCCGCCUUGUCGCUGUGGGAAGCGGGCGGGGAGCGGGGCAGGUCCCGCAAGGCGACGGUGCGGGGCCCAGGCUGGCACCACCCCUCCCCGCGGCUCCAGCCCCGCAGCGCCCGCCUGUCUGCCCCGCUCCCGGCCCGGCCCCUGCCCGCGUCAAUGGGCUCCGGGGCGGGGCCGGGAGUCUCGGCUCAGGGAAAAGCCCCGGCAGCGGCCAGCCCCGCGCAGACCCGUCCUGCCCGCUGGCCCGUUCCCCAGAUCCAUGUUCCGCUCACGGCGCUCGGGCCUGGUGCGACGGCUGUGGCGGCAGCGGUGCAUGGUGCCGGGCCCCGAGGACGGGCUUGGGGCACUCAAGCCAGCUGCGCAUGCCCUCUUCAAAAAGCUGAAGGACGAGGAGCUGGAGCUGCUGGUGCAGGCAGUGGAGAGCCGUGGUGCCCGGGCGUCCGGCUGCAUCUGGGUACCCCGGGCCGAGCCACGUGGUGCCAAGCUGGCCCUGCCGUCCCAGGUGCUGCUGUGCCGCCUGUACCGCUGGCCCGAUCUGCGGCAUGCCUACGAGCUCAAGCGUCUCAGCUGCUGCCAGAGCUUCUGGGGCUGCGGGGAUGGGCCGGUGCUCUGCUGCAACCCCUACCACCUCAGCCGCCUGGCCAUGCCCGAGACGCCACCACCCCCCUACUCCAAGGUCUCCCCCUUCACCCCUCCCUGGACUGAGGCGUGGGAGCGCUCCCUCUCCAGCUGCAACACUGGCAGCAAUCAGCGCGACACCAGCCUCGUGCGGCCUGCAGCCAAGGAUGGGCACUGGUGCGAGCUGGCCUACUGGGAGCAUCGGACACGUGUGGGCCGGCUCUACGCUGUGCACGGCGCCGCUGUCGACAUCUUCUGUGAGCUGCCGCAGGGCAGUGGCUUCUGCCUGGGCCAGCUAAGCACCGCACACCGCAGUGUGGCCGUGCACCGGACCCGUGGCAAGAUUGGGCGAGGGCUGCGGCUGAGCCGGGAGCCAGGCGGCAUCUGGGCCUAUAACCGCAGCGAGCACCCCGUCUUUGUGCACUCACCCACGCUGGGGCCACCUGGUGUGCGUGGCCAGGCUGUGCACAAGCUGCUGCCCGGCUACUCUGUCAAGGUGUUUGACUACGAGCGGGUGGGUGCUGCAGCGGGCGGGCGGGCCCUGGGUGAUGGGCCCAGUGACCCCCACAGUGUUCGCAUCAGCUUUGCCAAGGGCUGGGGACCGUGCUACUCCCGCCAGUGCAUUACGUCCUGUCCCUGCUGGCUUGAGAUCCUGCUUGACAAGCCACGCUGAGGCUCAUGGGAUGCAGUGGGGGGCAGUGCUGGGGGCUGCCUCCAUGGCCCUGUGGCUGCCCAAGCAGGGGCACUCAGGCCUGCACCCCACCAGGCACGAGGUGGGACCCUGCCUGUGGGGCUGGGCUGUGAGCCCACAGCUGCCCUCCCUGUAUCUGCCCCAUACUGGGGUGUAGGCGGGGCCGUGAGGCCUGGGAGAGAUGUUAUUUAACCUCUUGUGGAAAAGGUAAAAUUUAUUUAAAGCACUCUUAUUUUUGUAAGAAAAAAGGAAAAAGGAAUGAGAGGCCCCAGGUGCAUGGGCAGGGGCCAGGGGGAAGGUCCUGGGGUGCAGGGGGUGGCAGGGCACUGGCCCAGGAGGCAGGGGUCCUGUCAUGGGCAGUUGAGGCCUGAGUACGUCUGCAGAGGGAAGGUGGGGGUGAGCUGGGCACCAGGGUGAGGGCUGGAGCCCAGGGGGUUUGUGGCAGGGAGGCUCUGGGGCCGGAUGGCAGGAGGGGUGGCAGGACUGAGUGCAGCAGGCAGGGGAAGGACAGAGGGAAGAAGCAGGGCCUGUCUCUCUGGCAAGGGGACCAGGGCCUGGGCAUGGGGGCAAUGCUGUGACCCUGCAACGGGCACCUGCCCACGGGGGCCAGGAGUGGGGCCUUGCAGGAGUGCAGAGGGGACUGGCUUCUGCACGUGGCACACGCUACUGUUUGUAACUCAAUAAACGGUGCCAGCACCAA